AUGAAGACGCUAGUAGUAUUCUUAACAUUGUGGUACACGUGCUUCUCGAAACCCUCUACGCUACAAGACCAAUUGCACCCAAUUGAAGCAGUCGAAACGCAAACAGAAUUUAUUGGAAGAGCUCAACUUCAAGAUCAGGAGUCGACCCUUGACACCCACGAUGAACAUUCAGGUACCCAAUUUCAUCAAAGUUUAAGUGAUUCAUCGUUACAAGAAAGAAGCAUCAUCGCAUCUCAACGCCCUUUAUUAAUUAAAAAAGGUUACCACCUCUAUCGAAGCGCUGACGAGCAACAAAUGCUAACUGACUCUAAACAAAAAUGCAACAAACAAGUUAAAGUUAAUAUUUGCGAAGAAGACAGCGAGACAAAUUCUAACCAAAUGAGGUUUGACCCUACAUUUUUUAGGUCUCGUGAAAAUAUGACUAAAAAGGAAAUGAAGAAAACAUUAAAAAUGGUUAAAGAAGUGGUUGAACAUAUGCAAAAAGAUUUGCAAACAUUGGAAGAUACAUCGACGGAUUUGUUAACUGAAGAGCAGCUGCAGAGUGGACAAACAAAGACACAUAUGCACGAUGAUUUUGUAACACUUCAUACAGUUUUAGAUGAUUUAGUCAAACACAUUGAAGAUAGUUCAAAAUCGACAAAUACGGACAAAAAGGAUCCUAAAAACAAGAGCUAUGAAGAUACUGAAGAAAGCCGAAUGAUGCAAUGGAAGGAAGAAAUGAAAAGAAUACAAGAAGAUUCAGGAAGAAACAUCGAGGAUAGAUUUGUAAAAGAUAAUGAAGCGAGCGAUAGAAAACUUCUACAAAGUAAUUCACAUAACACCAUGAUGGAAAAUGUAGACAAAAUGUCACCAAAUAUACAAAGUAUGGAAUCACUGUCAAGAAAUAAUGAAGAUACAGAAAUGUCUAUUACACAAGACAUCAAUAGAAAGGGUAGUUUACAAAGUGACAGCUUAAGAUUGGUAGAAGUUCCUAUACCUAAAGCAAGUGAGGAAGAAAUGUCUUCAAAGUCAACUGACAUUGAUCACCAUACUUUACAAAGCAGCAACGUUAAAACCACUCAUGUAACGACUAAAUUAGCAGGACAUGACGAAAAGAUGUUGGGAGCGAAUACUAUUGCGGCCUUACAGGAUCACAUGCAGGAUAAACGUACAAUCACACAUAUGGUAAAAAGAAAAUCGGAUGAAAUGGAACAUACUCUGAACCCAGAUCAUGUAGAUGAGCAUCUAAGUCAUUCAAAUCAUAUGGCUCAUAUGAAUGUCGAAGAAUUUAAGUCACAGGAUGAUGGUCAAGCUUCGGAUUCUUCAAUGAAUGACCAUAUUAACGCACAAACACAUCAUACUCAUUUAGCAAAACAAUCCAGUACUGAAAUGGACGCAGACACACUUCAGCAAGUAAAAUCAUCAACUAAUUCGGAUACAUCAUUUGACUCUCAUUCUUCUAUCGCCAUGCCACCACGUGAAGCUACACAAGAAAUUCAGAGUGAACCAAAUAAGCUCCAUUCAACGAUGAACAGCGACACUUCUGGAAUUUCGCACCAAUUAGGUGAGCCAGUGAGGACACGCCUAGCAAUGGAUGAAAACAACCAGGCGCUGAGAACAAUGAGUUCUAACGAAGUACAUACUCAACACGAGACUUCACAAAGUUUAAUUAACGAUAAUUCCCAGAGUGCAACUAUAAGAAAAGCUAAUAAUGACGUAGGAAAGAUGGAUGAAACCAUGCAGCAUCAUUUUAAUGGGCAAGAUAAUACAAGAUGGGCACAAGAAAGAGGCAUGGACACUUCAAUGUCGGAUACGCUUAAGAUGGACAAUAAAAUGCAGCAAGGGAAGUCUGGCAUUCAUUCACAAGAAAGCAUGACAAAAAGUGAGCAUACAACAGGUCAUCACCAUCACACGACACAUCAAGGAGAACAUCUGCAUAGACUACAUGAGCAAUCGCAACAUCAACAUUCAGAGAGGAUGCCGUUUGAUGAUCAUUUCAGGCCCUCCAUGGCUACCUCACACCCUAAUUCUCGAUUAAGAAACGAAGAAAUCCAUUCCGCACACCACAACAGUCAGCUGUCUAAUGGACGUUUUGCCCACGAUCAUUCCAUGAUGCCAGCAAUGAGAGCCAACAUGGGGUUCAGCGACAGCACCAGUAUGAGUAUGCAGUCACAGCACCAAUUAAAUAUUCCACACCACCACUUCUCAACUGGUCCACAUGGUCAAGCAAUGUUCCACAAUGAGCAAAUGAGUGAGAGUGACAGCAUGGUGCAAGCUAGCGAGCGUGUUGGUAUGAGAGAAGCGAUGCUGAGAUCGGCUGGAGAGUAUCCUCAGUACUACAACACUCAAGGAAAUAACAAGGGAUCAGGAUAUCAGGAGCAGCACAAUAUGCAACCGGUAUCCAGCAGCGCAUCCGGUGCUGUGGGCUUGUUCCCCAAUGCUAACGUAGGAGGUUGUGGCAUACCUUUACUUCUAAGCUGUUCCCCUAACGUAGUCUCUGGUACGUUAGCUAAAGGACAACCUACUUAUACCGCGCCUUCGUACAGAUCUAUGGAUGCCUACAGAUACCACAAAAAGCGGGAAACAAAGAACUCUAAUUCCAAGCGUGAAGUCAAAACGAUGUCUAAGAUAAUCGGUGUUUUAAAAUGUUUACCAAUAAAUGAAGAUGAACCUCACACCGAGAUUCUCCAAUCUUUGCCUGCCGCAUCUGAAGAAGACCAACAAAAGCCGUGUCCUGAAGUUUCUAAUAACCUAAACAGUGAGGAACAAGGUAAUACGAAACGAGGCAUGUUUAAAAUACCUGCAAGGAUGUACAUAAACAAUCUACAAUACGCCAACGAAUAUAUGAUGACUAUGCCGCAAUAUGCAAAGGACUAUUUAGGGGCAUACAAAACAAACAUGUAUCAAAAUACGUAUUUAAGGUUACCAACACUGGAUACACUUCCUGCAGUCUACGUAACUCGACCUCGGAUGGGAAAUUAUUAUGAAAAUAGACAAUAUUAUAAUCCUGAGUUACUUAAACAAAAUACUGUAUUCGUUCCGAUACAUCUAAGCCCUGAAAGGUCGACAUCUGAAGAGGAAUUUUGGGCGCAUCUAUCCCAAGAUUCUGUAAUGAAGAAUAUUAUACCUACAAUGGAAGUACCGUUGCAACGUGAUCCGUAUGGACAAUAUGAACAGUUAGUUCGUUCAUAUCCACUAAAUGCUCGAGAAUUGAUGAAUAAUGAUGGCGUGAUAGGUUAUUACCCAGAAAGCGAGUUACGCGCUUAUGACCAUCAAUUGUUAUACAGAUACAAACCUAAAGUUACUUCCGAAAGAGACAUUUCUGAGGAUUAUCCUCAUACGGAAAUCCAUACUGAAUAA